CGCCAUGUUGUUACGUAAUCAUCCGGCGACCGUGAAUGCGACACACACACGAGGAUGUGCGACUUGACGACUAAAUAGUGUAUUUUACUGUAUAUUUUACCAUCACACCUCCACUGAAUAUCUCGUUACGCUUCAGAAGAAGAAGUGGAUCAGAAAUGGGGGACUUCUCGUCGCUGGGGUUGUCGGACUGGCUGGUUAAACAGUGUAAACAGCUGGGAAUCAACAAACCUACUCCUGUCCAGCAAAACUGCAUGCCAGCUAUACUAGAAGGUCGUGACUGUAUGGGCUGUGCCAAGACUGGAAGUGGGAAGACAGCAGCGUUUGUGUUGCCGGUGCUGCAGAAACUUUCAGAGGAGCCUUAUGGCAUCUUCUGCCUGGUGCUCACUCCGACCAGGGAGCUGGCCUAUCAGAUCGCAGAGCAGUUUCGAGUCCUGGGGAAGCCUUUGGGACUGAGAGACUGCAUCAUCGUCGGUGGAAUGGACAUGGUGAGUCAGGCUCUGGAGCUGUCCAACCAACCUCAUGUGGUUGUAGCAACGCCGGGCCGCCUGGCCGAUCACAUCCGCAGCUCCAACACCUUCAGCAUGAGCAAGAUCCAGUUCCUGAUUAUGGACGAGGCCGACCGGCUGCUGGAGCAGGGCUGCACUGACUUCACCAAAGACCUGGAGGUGAUUAUGGGGAUUUUACCAGCCAAACGGCAGACGUUGCUGUUCAGCGCCACGCUGACUGACACCCUGCAGGAGCUGAAGAGCAUCGCCAUGAACAAGCCUUUCUUCUGGGAGAGCACAUCAGAAACACGCACCGUGGAGGAGCUGGACCAGAGAUACAUCCUCACCCCGGAGAAAGUGAAGGACGCCUACCUGGUCCACCUGAUCCAGACGUUUACUGAUGAGCAUGACGACUGGUCCAUUAUCAUCUUCACCAACACAUGCAAGAACUGCCAGAUCCUCACCAUGAUGCUGCGGGAAUUUAACUUUCCAACAAUCUCCCUGCACUCCAUGAUGAAACAGAAACAACGAUUUGCAAACCUCUCCAAGUUCAAGGCCAGCGUCUACAAAAUCCUGAUUGCGACUGAUGUUGCUGCCAGGGGUUUGGAUAUUCCCACUGUCCAAGUUGUCAUUAACCAUAACACCCCAGGCCUCCCCAAGAUCUACAUCCACAGAGUUGGAAGAACAGCAAGAGCAGGCAGGAACGGAGUGUCGAUCACGCUGGUGACUCAGUACGACAUCCACCUGGUUCACUCCAUUGAAGAGCAAACUGAAACCAAACUGAAAGAAUAUCCUGUGGAGGAGAAAGAAGUCUUGAAGAUCCUCACCCAGGUCAACGUCACACGGCGGGAGUGUGAAAUAAAACUUGAAUCAACGGACUUUGACGAGAAAAAGGAGAUCAACAAGAGGAAACAGCUGAUUCUGGAGGGGAAGGAUCCAGACCUGGAGGCCAAGAGGAAGGCCGAACUAGAGAAGAUCAGGAAUCAGAAGAAGAAGUUCAAGCAGAAAGUCCAGGAGAGCAUUCAGAGGCAGAAACAGGGACAGCAGAAAAAGAAACCGAUGGAAAGAAAACCGAACAAAAAGAAAAAAGCAGAGCAGGCUGCGGCGUGAAAACUGCUUCAUGUAUAUACUGCAAGUUUCAUUUCUGUACAGUACCUGUAACAUUUGUUGAAUCUGAAAAUAAAUUUCAUACGGUGAAAACAGAA